ACACCCAAAUAAACCGCUGCUGAAGCGCGUAGACUUUGUUUUCCCCUUCCAUUAAGUUUCUGACCUCGUCUUCCCCAUCUCUUCGCAUUCGAUUUCGAAAUUUUUGAUCUGGGUUCUCUCGUUUCUUCACUAAUUCAUCAUGGCCAACGGCGACAACCUUGAGGAAUCCAGCCCACUUCUUGGCAAAGUCGUUGAAAAUGCAGAUGAGAAGGAUACUCAUCGUAGCUCCACGGCGGCUGGGCCCGAUGCGGUGCCUCCGCCGCCUCCUUUUCGCAAAGAUACGGAGGAGGAAAAUCGUGACGGUGGCUGUGAUUAUGGGUGGACUGCUGAUGGGCUGCCGGUUCACGGCAGCGUGGUGGGGGAGCCGGUCGGUCGGGCCCAAUGGGAAACUGGUCUCUGCGCUUGUCUUGGUCGCCACGAUGAGUUCUGUAGUAGCGAUCUUGAAGUUUGUCUUCUUGGAAGUGUGGCUCCUUGUAUGCUGUAUGGAACCAAUGCAGAGAGACUUGAGUCUGCUCCUGGGACUUUUGCAAAUCAUUGCAUGUCAUAUUCUGGUCUCUACUUGAUUGGAACCUCUUUCUUUGGUUGGAACUGCCUUGCUCCAUGGUUUACAUAUCCUACCCGUUCAGCUAUUCGCCGAAUGUUCAAUCUAGAGGGUAAUUGCGAGGCACUUCAUAGGUCAUGUGGCUGUUGCGAACUCUGUGUUGAAGACGAAGUUCAACGUGAGCACUGUGAAUCCGUUUGUGACUUUGCAACUCAUGUCUUUUGUCACACAUGCGCACUUUGCCAGGAAGGUCGUGAACUUCGUCGGAGGAUGCCUCACCCGGGGUUCAAUGCUCGUCCUGUGUUAGUCAUGAUCCCGCCAGCAGAACAGUCCAUGGGGCGUGGAGUUUGAGAUCAUUCUCCUCCUUACUCUUUCAUGUUCUAUACAGUGGCGUCUUGCUGCUAAUCUGCGAUGUAAUUGGGGUUUGAUGAUCUGGAUGUUAAGUUUUUUCAAAGGGAAAAAUGUUCUGACAAGAUUAUCUGAAUGAGACGACAUAUCAUAUUGGUGGAUAAUAUUGUUCUUUUAUGUAUAGAAUGUGUCGAAGUUUCAUGGCCACCACUAGCAGGACCAGCUUUGUUUCUUUUAGUUUGAAUUUUGAGUUGCAAUUUGUAAAUUUCUUUUGAUUUCA